AUGCCCACCGCUGGGCUGCGCAACUGGCGGUAUGGCGCCCCCCCUGGUGUCGCGCGGCGAAACGGUCGCAUGCGCACGUUGCGUUACGCUGUCCUUUCUGCCAUGUCAGUUUGGCGAGAUCGUUCCGUCGCGUGCUCACCGUCUGCACCGUCUGACGUGGCACUGGACGAGUCUCGAGUGACACGCGACGUUGGACAGUGGACAGCAGCGGACGUCAAGUCAAUAGAAGCGAGCCAAGCGGCAGACGAGACGGUCACGUCGGUAGCUGACGAACAGUCGAUGCCGACAAUUGUAUUGCAAAAGGACGAGUUUGGUCGGGAUAUUGAGGUCGUUCUGGACAAGCACGAGCGCGACAAGGAGGAGAAACAUGCGCGUAAACGCAACCAUAAGCGGGACAAACGCCGACGGGAUCCAUCCAGGUCGUCGAGUCGUCGAGAUCGCUGUUAUCGCACGCCGCUGCCGCCGCCGGACCCGUUUCGUCCACAGGUAUCAGGGUUGAUUGACGAUUGUUGUGCGGGUCUUUCGAGUGAAGUUGAAGGCAGACGAUUGACUCAUCUUAUGGUGGUGCUUGACAGUUGGAUGAACGUCGAGACAAUCAGUACAAGAGGAGGAAGCAAAGUCGAAGCAGGAGCCGUUCGCGACGUCGAAGCCGCGAUGGCACGACAUCUCACAGCCGAUCGUCUCGACGUCGAGGGUCGUCCCGAAGUCGUAGCAGAAGUAGGGAAAGAAAACAUUAUCGUAGAAGUCGAUCACCUGCACCACGAGCCAGUCGACGGCGCUCAUCGGCCUCGGUGGAGCGAAAGUGGACUCAUAGUGCUUUUGACGAUCGCAGUCCCAGUCCGCCGCGAGCGCUUGAUCCAUGUUAUCGACCGGAACCCGAGGCGUGGGUGUCGCGAGCAGGUGGCGUGUAUGUGCCUCGGAAAUGAAACGAACUCGAAGCGCUGCGGCAUGUGA